CUCAUAUGUUCCGCUACCAUCCAAGUACAAGCCUCCCGACAAGGCAGUAAACACAUGAUAACAGCCAGCGCACGGGACGAACCUUCCUUGCGACCACCUUGUUGUAAAACCCGAUGCCGCUCGCCUAAUUGCUGUUGCUAAAUUUCAAUCAAACGAGCGUACCUCACUGGCUUCCUGGGCGUAAGACGGUGACAGGGAGCGCCAGCUGUGCUACUAACUUGCGUUUGCUUCUGGCCUGCUGCCGAGCUAUAGGUUGUUGCCAGAAGCACGGGUCAGGCUGUAAGCUACAAGUAAAUAUGCAAGAGCGCCAGCGGAGCGACUGCUGCCUCUGGUUCUUCCGAUUCGUGAAUAUAAUAACAGCCUUAAGCGCUGUACUCUGCCUAGUUGCAUUUUCAAUGGCUAUAGUCGUCGGCCCACCGUUCACAGACCGGGCGAACGUGAAGGCGCAACUUUUGCGUGUAUACGGCGUGCUGUGGGCAGCUGGCCUGGUGCUGGUGGAGACGGAGUUUGAGUGGCUCAUGCAGUUCUGCCGCGCUCUGGAGUUCUGGUUCGCGCGGGGGCUGUGCCAGGGCUUCCUAGCCAUCAUGACGCUGGAGCUUGUGCACAGCAGCGGCAACAGCGACUUCGACAAGAGCGUGCGGCUCUACCGCACCGUUAGCGGCAUGUGCCUGCUGGGCUGCUCCGGCUUCUACAUGCUGGGCGGCCUGCUGUGUCUUGGCACACUGCGGAACGCCCGUUACAAGCGAUUCAAUGAGCGGCUCAAGGUGGAGCGCGACCUUGAAUCCCUGGAGAAGCAGCGCGAGGAACUCAAUCGGCUGCUUGUCGCUUAUUCAAAAGAGUGACGGUGAUCAAUAGUAAUUCUUUGGUGAAGUGGUAGAUACUGCGGGUAGGAUGGGGUUGAUGAGGUGAGGUGGGAGGAGAGACCAGAUGAUGAAAGGCCGCGGUACUGCAAGGGACAAGUAGAUGUUUGAUGCCGUACCGAGAGUGGCUGCAGGUAUGUGCGUCUGGCUGUGGUGAGGACCUCCAUGUAGGAUGCAUGUGAGCCAGGGUUUGCUGGUACGGGCGCGUUCUGUACCGCCGGCAACUGCACUGGGUUCCAAGCCAAAGAUUGAGCGCAAAGGGCAGCCUUGCGCCAGCCGCAUGCAGUGCGCGGGGCUGGCGUAGGUCCUACGCGUGCAUAAGGGUACUAGGAGUGUUGCGGGCCUUUACUUUCAGGUCCUGGCUAGAGCAUGGUGUACGGCGAGUAGUGGCAGGAACGCGCGACGAGCAUCGACGGGUCCAUGGACGAGAACAGCCCACAGGUCUUUACUGUGCACACUAUCAAGGCGACUUGUGAGGCCCAGGUUUUGCGUGACAUGGAAGUUGGGGGCGGGGUCCGUGACUAUGGUUGAUGAUGGAUCUUGAAGGCGGGGCGGGCGGAAUGAAGUGUAGUGGAAAUGGAAUGGAGAACACCCUUGACCCUUGGCAUGCGAAGUUGUGUGCCCGUUCCCGUCAAGAUUCCCAGUCCACGGUGGGGCUGGCAGGGCAUGCGUAGCGUCAUGACAAGUAGUGCGGCUGUUGACAACUGUGCUGCGUCUGGCUGCGGUUCGCUCUGCUGAUCGCGAUCGCUAGGCACCUCGUUUGGCAAUGUGCCUGUGGAAACUGACCCCGGCUAUGUCCGGAUGAGGUUGUUCGGCCUCAGACUGUGGAGGUGCUCAGCCCCUUUUCCCGUGACCGGUGAACACUUGUCUU